GAGAAAAGACGUGGCCGUGGAAGAUACAGAGGUAGGAAAUGCGGCCGAGGUCACAAAGGAGAGAGACAACGAGGAAAUCGCCCUCGAUUAGGCUUUGAGGGUGGUCAAACUCCAUUUUACUUGGCCAUACCAAAAUAUGGGUUUAAUGAGGGACACAGCCUCAGACGUCAGUAUCAACCUCUCAGUCUUCAGAGGCUGCAGUACCUGAUUGAUCUGGGGAGAGUUGACCCUACGCAGCCAAUUGACCUAACGCAGCUCACUAACGCCCGAGGUGUCACAGUGCAGCCUCUCAAGAGGGAUUACGGUGUCCAGCUGGUGGAGGAGGGUGCUGAUAUUUUUUCAGCAAAAAUAAAUAUUGAAGUGCAGAGAGCAUCUGAAUUAGCAAUUGCAGCUGUGGAAAAAAAUGGAGGUGUUGUAACAACAUCAUUCUAUGACCCAAGGAGUUUGGAAAUUUUAUGUAAGCCAAUGCUAUUUUUCCUGCGUGGCAAACCUAUCCCAAAGCGGAUGCUUCCACCUGAGGACCUGGUCCGUUACUACACCGAUGCCAGGAAUCGUGGCUACUUGGCAGACCCAGCUAAGGUGGCAGAAGCCAGGCUUGAUCUUGCCAAGAAAUAUGGCUAUGUCUUACCAGACAUAACUAAGGAUGAACUCUUUAAGAUGUUAAGCGCACGCAAGGAUCCUAGACAGAUAUUUUUUGGUCUUGCUCCAGGAUGGAUUGUAAACCUGGCAGACAAGAAAAUUCUAAAACCAACUGACGAGAAUCUGUUGAAAUACUAUAGCUCGUGAAUUCAGGACUGGAGACAACUGCAGGUGUACAGGAAACAUCUGGGUAUGAAAUAAUGGAUAGAAGUGCUGUGUGUUUGUUUGUUUUUGUAAGACUUCUAUUAUACUAGACAAAACAUAAAUUUUGGUUCAUGUAAUCUUCUGGUGUAGCUCUCAGCUUUUUUAUUGUCAUAAUACAGUGUAUCAAAAGUCUUAACAUCUGAAAACAAUGUAGAGUCUGACACAAAGUGUGAGUUUGGGCA